UAGCGUCCCUUGGCAACUUCCACUUCUGAGGGGCCGGCUCCGUAGGUGCACUUCCGGCAGCGGCGACCGGGGCGGCCGCAGCAAGAUGGGUCAAAGUCAGAGUGGUGGUCAUGGUCCGGGAGGUGGCAAAAAGGAUGACAAGGACAAGAAAAAGAAAUAUGAACCUCCUGUACCAACUAGAGUGGGGAAAAAGAAGAAGAAAACAAAGGGACCAGAUGCUGCCAGCAAACUGCCUCUGGUGACACCUCACACGCAGUGCCGGUUAAAAUUACUGAAGUUAGAGAGAAUUAAAGACUACCUUCUCAUGGAGGAAGAAUUCAUUAGAAAUCAGGAACAAAUGAAGCCUUUAGAAGAAAAACAAGAGGAGGAGAGAUCAAAGGUGGAUGAUCUGAGGGGAACCCCGAUGUCAGUAGGAACCUUGGAAGAGAUCAUUGACGACAAUCAUGCCAUCGUGUCUACAUCUGUGGGCUCAGAACACUACGUCAGCAUUCUUUCGUUUGUAGACAAGGAUCUGCUGGAACCAGGCUGCUCGGUCCUGCUCAACCACAAGGUGCAUGCCGUGAUAGGGGUGCUGAUGGAUGACACAGAUCCCUUGGUAACAGUGAUGAAGGUGGAAAAGGCCCCCCAGGAGACCUAUGCUGAUAUUGGGGGGUUGGACAACCAAAUCCAAGAAAUUAAGGAAUCUGUGGAGCUUCCUCUCACUCAUCCAGAAUAUUAUGAAGAGAUGGGUAUAAAGCCCCCUAAGGGGGUCAUUCUUUAUGGUCCACCUGGUACAGGCAAAACCUUAUUAGCCAAAGCAGUAGCAAACCAGACGUCAGCCACUUUCUUGAGAGUGGUUGGCUCUGAACUUAUUCAGAAGUACCUAGGCGAUGGGCCCAAACUUGUUCGGGAAUUGUUUCGAGUUGCUGAGGAACACGCACCCUCCAUUGUGUUUAUUGAUGAAAUUGAUGCAAUUGGAACAAAAAGAUAUGACUCAAAUUCUGGUGGGGAGAGAGAAAUUCAGCGAACAAUGUUGGAACUGUUGAACCAACUGGAUGGAUUUGAUUCAAGGGGAGAUGUGAAAGUUAUCAUGGCCACAAACAGAAUAGAAACUCUGGAUCCAGCACUAAUCAGACCAGGCCGCAUUGACAGGAAGAUAGAGUUCCCCCUGCCUGAUGAGAAGACCAAGAAGCGCAUCUUUCAGAUCCACACAAGCAGGAUGACACUGGCCGAUGAUGUAACCCUGGACGACUUGAUCAUGGCUAAAGAUGAUCUUUCAGGUGCUGACAUCAAGGCAAUCUGCACAGAAGCUGGUCUGAUGGCCUUGAGGGAACGAAGAAUGAAAGUAACAAAUGAAGACUUCAAAAAAUCUAAAGAAAAUGUUCUUUAUAAAAAACAAGAAGGUACCCCUGAGGGGCUCUAUCUCUAGUGGACCACAGUUGCCUAUAAGGAAAUGGUUGGGAGUCUCCUGACCCCCUCAGAAAGAUGAGGUCAGAGAAACUGCCUGGUGAAAUCCACGUUCCAGUCAAUCUUUUUUAACAGAACAUCCGUGUACCUUUUUGAGCAUGGUGGUAGGAUGCCGGCGGGGCCGCGCUGGUCUGUGGGUCAGCACAGUGCUCUCCUCCCAGUAAAGCAUGCUCCUUCUCAAACUGUU